AGAAAUACCAAAACUAAUUGUGAAAUGAGUGGAAAAAAUAUUGACACCUCUUAUGCCACACAUGUCUGUAGUUGUGAUCAAUAAUUGAUUCAUUAAUUAGUUGUCUUAGUUGGCCAUCAAGUGUUGGAUCAAUUGCUUAACAAUGACUUUCUAUCAUUUUAUAAAUUGUUUGUUACUUACAUUUGCACCGCCGAUAAUGUUAUACAAGUUUUCAUCGCUUUCAGAGUAUGGGACGAUAUGGAGGACUGGUAUGGGAGUGUUGGCAUAUGUGGUAACACAAGUAUGCAAACUGUUGAUCAUUGCAGUGGUUAUGACACCAAACGCAAUGAUGAGUCAUCUGAUUGAUUGUCUGGGAAUGUAUUGGUUUCUUAUAAACCAAAACAAGGCAUCCGUGGCUUCCGUUAAAAUAUUAAGCAUAGCAUUGGGUUGGAGUGUCGCUGAAUCCAUAUUCACCCGUUUGGUUGACUUUUAUUUGAACGCCCGAUCUCUUGAGUUUGAAUGGAUUCAUCUGAUUAGUGCCGCCGAAGCCAACAUUGUUCUCUUGCAGAACAUGUGUGUCAGUGCAUUGUUAUGGCAGUGGAACAGAAGUGGUAACAAACUAUCGGUUGUAUUAAUGAUGGUUUAUUUCGUCAGUCUUUCUUUAAUUAAAAUGCAUUUAUUGAGUCAAAUCGGAGCACUUAUAGCACUAUCAACAAUGACUUUGUUCUUAACAAAUUAGUUACAGAUUUUAUGAAAUAAAUUAUAAUUAAAAUGAUAAUUAAAUAAAAAUACUUGUAGUAUAUAAAUAUAUAAUAAAUUGUAUAAUUAGUUA